AUGGAAUAAAUACAUAAAAAAUGCUUUCGGGAUUCUUGUGGGCUUCAAAAGCGUUGUUCUUUCUCUCGUUCAUGUUCUAAUUUGCAGGUAGGAGAUUGCAGAAAAGCAGAGAGAUAUUGCCUGCCAUUUUUCCAUGUUCAUGGAUGGAUGCUCGGGUAAAAGAGCCAGUGAGAGGCAACCCGACACUAAAAAGGGCAGUGGUAUUAUUCUGAGGGACAGAUUUAACAGUGGUUACAACAAUGUUCCUAUUUGCAGUAGAGACGGCUGCAUUAUGGGAAAAAAUCCCAUGAAGGGUACCUGGAUUGGCUCUACAAAUAGAAAAGGUAAAUCUGUGUUGUCUUCUUUCUGCUCUUCAUCAAACGGGAAGGAAAUAAUCGGAACCUCCUCUAAAACCCGUGGCUCCGCGUCCACUUCCACAAAAAGCGAGAAGAAACCGAUGAUACCUCAGAUGGCCAUGGAUUCAUCGGAUAGUAGUAGCACUAGCAGUGAAGAGGACGAGUCAGUGGCACGAAUCUUGGAUGUACACAAAAAAGGGUUUCACCGUAGACUUGGUUCUGGAAAUAUAAUUCAUGAAAAACAUGAAACUACUGGAGCAGAGUGUUCAAUCUUGACAUCAAGUUUGAGAACAAGGAGAGGGUUUAGACCGAGAUUUGGAUUGAACGAUCAAGGUUUUCGUGCUGGUCCCUCUGGCCAGGCACCAUCAGCAAACACAGUAAGCAGACAUGGUCUGAGAAACCGGAGCUGCAGGUCGAUGUUAUCAGGCGUCAUCCCAUCUGGCUUUGGCUUGGAAAAGAGACCAAGUCAUGCGAGAAAGUCUUUUGGAGAAAGCAGUUCUAGCUCCUCUAGGGGAAAGAAUAUAACUGAACCCCCAGCACAAAAAAGAUGUUAUGGCUCUAACCUGAGAGUCUCCAUUACCGAUAAUAGGCGUCCAAGAAACUUUGUUUUGAACAGCAAGAAUGAUGUUACUUCAGUUGGGACUCGGAGAUCAGUCAUCGGAAGCGAUGCUAGUGCUAGAUUCUCCACCCGAGAGGCUGGAAGACGUGGUCUAUCCUCCAUUACAAUACCAGAAAUGUCCCAGACUGAAACCUCAACCCAUCAUGAUUCUCCUGUCUCUUUAGAACUGUUCCGUGGUUUUCGAGAAGUUGGGUUCCAUGGUUCCCUAAUGAGUCAAGACAAUUUCCAUGGUUACAAUCUAGAUGGGAUUCCUGAGAUACUACCAGAACUUGACAGGAUUGAACGAGAUAUCGAACUUAAUUAUGAGGACCUGCUUGUUAUAGAGACAGGUCUACUACUUGGUGGCCUGAGCUUCCAUGAUCGUCACCGAGACAUGAGGCUAGACAUCGAUAACAUGUCGUACGAGGAGCUAUUAGCUCUCGAAGAGAGGAUUGGUUCAGUGAGCAUUGCUCUCUCUGAAGAAGCAAUAUCAAAAUGCAUGGAAAGAAGCAUCUAUCAAAUAACAGUUUCAGAUAAUGUCUCAAAGGAUGAUGCUAAAUGCAGCAUCUGUCAGGAAGAGUAUACAGAAGGAGAUGAAGUUGGGAGGCUACACUGUAAACAUAGGUAUCAUGUGGGUUGUGUACAAGAAUGGCUGCGGCUGAAGAACUGGUGCCCUAUUUGCAGAGCUUCUGCAGAACCCUCUUCUGAAUAACUGCCAUUACAUUCUUCUUCCUCCUCAUAGUUUGGAUUUCUCUAGAGCCUGUGAACAAAGAUGUCAUCUUCUGUACAUAUCCCUUUCAUUGUACUCACAAGAUUCCUCCUGUGUUUCAGUCUUCUUGUCUGUCUGAUGAACAUGAUACAUGACAAGUUGUAACAUUGGAAACACAUGUCUCUUUGCCU